AUGUCCAAUGCCAUCCAGGACACCCAACUGGAGCUCGAGGCAGCAAGGGAGCGAGCAGCGCUGGAGGCGGGGCUCUUGGCGGGCUCCGCCGCCUCCUCCGCCGCGGCCGCGGUGGCCGCGGCCAAGGGCGGCCGGGGCGGCGACGCCGCGGUGGAGCUCUCCAGCGCCGGCGCGGCGCGGGACGCGGCGCGGCACCGCGCCAAGUGGCUCAAGGAGGAGUUGCAAGCCGUACAGGCUCAGCAGAGGCAGCCCCGAGCUGUGGAUCAUGGGCCGCUGCGGGCUUUGCAACGGGAGGUGCAGCACCUUCGCAGCGAGCUGAGCCACUUGGAGGAGGGGAAGUCUGAUCCAGAUCCUGGACAUCAGAAGGAGAUGGAGGAGGCCAAAAGCCAGCUGGCAGAGCAAGCAUCUGAGCUGGCGUCCAGGAGAGUGCUGCCUUGA